ACAGCUGCAGUCUAGUCACUUUAGUCAAAGGGAUCACUUUUACAUACUGUAUAAUAUAUGUGUAUGGAUUAUAACUCAAAACAAGAGCUCCGAGGCGAUAACUCUUUAGACUGCUACACUACUAAAAAGUGUGAUAAUUAUUUUUUUUUUGUAUUCUGAUAUUACUAUUAUUUUACUUUACUGAAUAAUCCAUAUGGCUCGUUUCCCAAGCAUGGACGACUGUGCUGUUUUACAUUUAUCGCGUCUGCAGCUGGACGACUUGAACUUGGAUAAUCUCACGGACAGUAAAAGACAACAAAUCCAGCAGCUGCAUCUCACUAACAAUCGUUUAUCGUUUCUUCCACCUUCCGUUUGCUUUCUCUCCAACCUGGAAUAUCUGGAUAUCAGCAAUAAUUCGCUCACAGUCAUACCAGAAGACAUCAUGCGCCUAACAAACCUAAAGACGUUUGUAGCCAAGAACAAUUUUCUGGACGAGUCCUCGUUUCCUAAGGAGUUUGAACAUUUGCCUGUAGAGAAUCUGAAUCUGAGUGGCAACAGGUUUGAUGAUAUUCCCAUGCAGUUUCUCAAAAUGACCACACUACAGUCCCUGUCACUUGGAGGAAACAGAUUGAAGAAUAUCCCUGCAGAAAUAGAGAACCUGACCAGUCUAGAGAUGCUGUAUUUGGGAGGGAACCUCAUCUCCUCCAUCCCACCUGAGGUUGCUAACCUCACCAGUCUGAGAUACCUGGUCCUGUGUGACAAUCGCAUCCAAAGCAUACCGCCUCAGCUCAACAAACUACACUCCCUGCUCUCUCUCAGUCUCCACAACAACCUGCUGACCUUCCUUCCUCGUGAGAUCCUCAGCCUCGUCCAUUUGCAAGAGCUCAGUCUGCGUGGAAACCCUCUGGUUGUGCGCUUCAUCAAGGACAUGACCUACGACCCUCCAUCCCUGUUGGAGCUGGCGGGACGUACCAUCAAGUCCCAGAACCUUCCAUUCAGCUCGAGUGAUCUACCAUCCAAUCUGAUUCAUUAUUUAAACUUGGCUAGCGAAUGUCCCAACCCAAAGUGUGCAGGUGUUUACUUUGACUCGUGUGUGAGGCACAUCAAGUUUGUGGAUUUCUGUGGGAAGUACCGCCUGCCGCUCAUGCAUUACCUCUGUUCCCCGCAGUGUUCCUCUCCCUGCAGCUCAAACCCACAGAGCGACGCGGAGUCAGAGGACGAGAACAGCGUCCCUCCGGACAGGCUCCAGCGGGUACUGUUGGGAUAGGACAAACUCCGACAAAGACAGUUACCUGUCACAGGAUUUCCAUCUGAUGCUUAAUUUCAUGUUUUUGUAGACCUGUUAGAACUGUUUUAGUGACUCAACAAAAAAAAGCACUGGGUAUUUAGUUUAACUGUUAAUACAGGUAGGUUUAAACUGUAAAUCAAACUUAAAGGGAUAGUUCAAAGAUACUUUUUUGGAGGACUUCAGAAGACUUUUCAUACUGUAUAUUGUCUCACAGACUACUUUUAUAGUUAUUUCAUGGUGUUUGUUUUGGAGAACAAAACUAAACUGGUUUGAAGUUUAAUGAGGGUGAUAAAAUAAUAAAAAUCGUGAACUAUUCCUACUAACGCUGCUCAUAAAGCACCUGAAAUCUUUUGCAUCUUGCCAAGAACAGUAUUUAGACUAGGUCAGCUUGACACAGACAAAUCCUACACACAAUCAGAGAACAAAUUGGCCGCUUUGCACUUCUGGAAAAUGUAAUCAAUACGUGAUCAGUUACUCUUUGACCUCUUCUUUGUAUUGACUGUUAAUCUGCCCUAACUUUUCUGUCCAAAGGUCAGGACUAUGAUGGAUAUUUCACAGUUUAAAAAUGUACGGAAAGCUAUCAUCUAUGACACAACCUUGAAAAAUAGUUACACACUAAACAACACUUUUUUUUUUUUGUAUUUUGUCUUAUUGGUUUCAGCAAACAGGUUUUUAGAUCAGUAUUAACUGGUUUACUGUCCCUAAAAGAGCUCAUAGUGGUCUUUAUAGUAAUAAAACAUUGAUAUCAUA